CAAACAACCUGAUAAACAAGGGGCAGUUACUAAGAUAUAACAUUACUCUCUUAUUUAAAUAUGCUUACCGGUAGUUGGUUACACUUUCAUAGUUCAAUGUAAUUUUGACAUACUGACAGUUUUAAAUAAUGCAGUAAUAUUUAAAAAUGUCAGCACAACCUUUCAUGGCUAAGACAGUUCGUCUCGCUUUGACAAUUAUAAUUAGUACAAUAAAAUAAAUGAAAUUGAUCAUAAGGUUCAUUACCGUGUCGCAAACGGCGCGACGCGACGUAUACAUGAGUUACCUCUGCGGUUUCCGCGUCAAAACAUUACGCCACGGAAAAAAGGUGUUAAAUAAAGUAUUCGAAAAAAUAUCCUUUGGUGUGUGUAGAAAAUUAUAUAGAAAAAUGAAAUACAGGGUGAAAGACCCACGGAAGAUUGGCAACCACAGCUUAGAAUACAAACUAGAGCGCACAGUUCAAAUUCAGUUCGUCCUAAUUGGUGUGCUAGGGUUGUUGCUGCUAGCUUUCGCUGUAUAUACGUCUGUAUUGUUUAUAACCGACUACUAUCGUCCAAAGAUAUGUCUCAGCGAAGAAUGUGUUGGCUCAGCUUCAAGAAUCCUUCAAUCAAUGAAUAGAGAUGCAGACCCGUGUCAGGACUUUUAUGAGUUCGCGUGCGGCGGCUGGAUCAAGCAGAACCCUGUCCCGGAGUGGUCCGUAUCCUGGUACCAGUUAGAUAAGGCGAGGGCGCAACUCGCCAAAGUUCUGAGGGAACUUCUGGAAGAAGAAAAUGAUGAUGGAUUGCCUGAAGCUGUUUUAAAAGCGAAGACAUUCUACCGAACCUGUGUAGACACUAAUAAACUAGAAGAAGUGGGUAUCAAACCGUUGCAGGAGGUUCUGCAGAAACUGGGUCUUUCUCCCAGUCCACCCGUAACGGCGAACGCGAAUUUCACGUGGGAGGUGACGGCUGGGCGCGGCCGACGCAUGCUGGGACUCAACGUGCUGCUCAACGUAAAAGUGGAGGAGGGUGUCCGGAACAACAGUAGAUACCGCAUCCUGAUCGACCAAGUGUCUCCAGGGUUCAAUAAGGCGUUCCUUCUGAAACCCACGUGGUUCGCACGAGAGCUGGCGCUUUACCACAAGCACGUUAAAGCAAUGAUUGCUUUAAUAGACCAGAAGAUUGAUGCUCAUAACUUUGCUGAUGAUGUUUUGGAGUUCAGCAAGAAGCUUGCUAGUAUAAUGACCUCAGAGCGACAGCGACGCAGUGGCGACCACUUAACCUAUGACAUGACUAUUGAGGAACUUCAGGGGUCGAGGAAUAGACCAGCGCAGUGGAAGGAGCACGACUGGGAACAAUAUUUGAACCUGGUGUUCGCCAACACCAGUGUGACGCUUGACCCGCAGCAUGACCGAGUUAUUGUCAAGGACAUGCCGUACUUGAAGAGGUUGUCUGUUUUGCUCAAUGAAACAAAGCCUAUUCGUAUUGAACGCUUUCUGUGGUGGAACAUGUUCUCAGCAAUAGCUCCGUUGACCCUCGAUGCGUUCAGGCAACUUAAUUUCGAAUUAUCUAAGGCAAUGUAUGAAACACCGCAACGUACACCGCGCUGGAAGAUUUGUACCACUGAAACUAACUACAACUUAGGGGACGCGUUGAGUUACCUGUACGUGAAAAGAUACUUCGAUGACAACUCGAGAUUGAAGGCUUUAGAGAUGAUAGGAGAUGUGCGCGAGGCGUUCGCAGAGACGAUACAAAAGGUAGACUGGAUGGACGCCAGCACAAAGUUCCAGACUCUCAAAAAGCUAAAGGAAAUCCGCAACCUAGUGGGCUUCCCAAAGUGGCUACUGACGGAUGAACAGCUCAAUAAGCAUUACCAAGAUAUAGAAGUGGUCGAGGGGAACUUGUUUGAGACGUAUAUGAAUCUUAUGUGGAUUACUGUCAAGAAAUCUCUGGAGUUAUUGGGAGAAAUACCGGAUAGGAAUGCAUGGGUAUCAUCCGCAACAACUGUGAACGCCUAUUACUGGAACACCCGCAAUUCCAUCUCCUUUCCCGCUGCUAUACUUCAACCGCCUUUCUAUGGCAAUGGAAUAGAAGCGGUCAACUACGGCGCAAUAGGUGCGAUGAUGGGACACGAAAUUACACAUGGUUUUGACAACCAAGGUCGGAAAUAUGAUGAGGAGGGCAACCUAAAGCAGUGGUGGUCUGAGGCGACACUGAAACACUACCAAAAGAAGGUGCAGUGCUUUAUCGACCAAUACAGCAAGUACCACAUGCCGGAGUUGCCAAACCAUAAGGUGCACGGGUUCAACACGCAGGGCGAGAACAUCGCGGACAACGGCGGCCUGCGCGCCGCCCUGCGCGCCUACCGCCGCUACGGAGCGCGCGCGCCCGCCCGCGCCCGCGACGUGCUGCCCGCGCUGCCCGACUACACACCCGAACAACUCUUCUUCCUGGGAUUCGCACAGAUAUGGUGCGGUAACUCAACAGUGCAAGCAUUGGAGACUAAAAUCACGAGAAGUGUGCACAGUCCGAACAAGAUCCGCGUGAUCGGCACUCUGAGCAACUCAGACGAGUUCGCGCAUGCGUGGAAGUGUCUCAAGGGUUCUCCCAUGAACCCCGAACACAAAUGCGUGCUGUGGUGACGUGACCAACGUAGUUUAGGUGUUGCUGUCAGUUGCUUUCAUUAUGUCGCUUUAUUGGCUCUAGAAAGUAUUUUGUCAGCAAUUGCAACUUUGUAUUCUAAUCUAUCCUUUUUAUUUUUAGUUCACACGCCUUUAGUAUUCAAAACUAGAUCUUUUUGGCAUUUUACAAAAUACUUAAAUGCAAAGGUAUUGUUUUUGUAAAUGGUGAAAAAGGUGAAUGUCAUUAAUUUGAUCUAAUUGUAUACUUACCUUCGUUUUAAGUGUUUUAAUAAAGAAUCAAUAUAAUAAAUAUGUGUAGGUUUUUUUUUUCUGUUGAUUUAAAACGUUUUAUUUCUUUGCUGCAUCCUAAUUAAAAACUUCGUAUCGUCAUUUUUUUUAUACGUACAAUAGUAGGUAAUACGUACAGUAGUAAUUAUGAACUACUGAAAAGUUAAAAAAACACUAAUACAGAUCAAUAUUUUUUGCGCGAGGCCCUA